AUGCCAGCUUUGUCAUCCGCCCAACUGAUGAGCACCACCGUCAGCCAGGCAAUUGCGGAAACAACGAGCCAUAUUUUCUUACGAAAUGAUACAGAUGCCUUUGGACCUGGGGUAGAUGUCGUCUGUGCCUGGCCAGUUUCUGGUCAAUACGGGCCAGGCUCUCGAAUCUUAUACUACGUCCUCAUAGCAGCGUGUGUAUUUGGCCGCAAAUCAGAAUGGGUUCAAAAUGCGUGUAUUGCCGCCGCCUUGUUGCUGCCAGCGGUAGCUGCCCUUCACGGCAUUGCUCUAGCAGCAUUCCAUCGAGAUGGCGCUGUUGACAUGGACAUCUAUGGUGCUUUCCAACUUUGCGCAAUUGGCAUCUUGGCGGCCCCAGUCACUGUCAGACUGUCAAGAACUUACUUUUACGACCCGGCUCGGAAUGCCAUCUUUCUCUGGGCUGGUCUCAUUCUUUCUGGAUUGUUAAGCUUAACCGUCGAGUUUUACAGAGCCAACCCCAUCAACUGCUCUGGGAUUUACGAUGGCGCCGCAAUUCCAUCAACAAUCAAAGACUUUCCUUUGGAUAGACAGCCCCAAUGCGGAAUGAACUGCACCGACAGCACCGGACCUCAAUCACCAAUGCGUGGUGGUGCAGCCAACAACAAAUAUGUGAUACCAGCCCCGGACAAGCUCACAUUUGGCACAGCAACGCUCCUUAGUGCCGCAUGUUGUGUUCAUGCUAUUCUUUGGUUGGCAUCCAUGAUGGACAAGAUUUUGGAAAUCAAUUUCAAAUCGCGGUUUGGAUGGGGACUCGAUAACGACCUGGGUAUCAAUGAGCCGAUUCAGGGCACUAAUGGGGCCACUGUAGGCAAGAUGAACCGGGUCAAUGAAACCAUUCGAUUUUUCAUGAGCGUAGCAAUUGUUCCCGUAUUUGCUGCCGCCGGAUUUGCAAUUUUAGUCGUUGGGGAAACAAAUUUCUUCAGCACCCAGGUCAGGUAUGAGAAUGAGCCCAUGGCAAGUAUUGGUCAAUGGGGUCCUAUUGUUGGUACAGGGCUUGCCAUUGUUGGCUCCUUAUAUCUGCUUUUGGCUACUGGCAUGGACACAAAUGACCGUGGCUACCCUCCUCCAGCAGAAGUAUGCCAAUGCAAAUGCUCGCAUCACCCUUCACCGGGAUCCAUGACUCGACGGCCAGCAAGCCAGACCUCAAGCAACGCAGUCUCCGAAAGUCCACAUGAAGCCAUGGUUGAGCACUCACGACCACCCAUGGAGGAAAGAUUUGCCGGCGCCCAUGGUCCUGAUUCGACGAGUGCGUCAAGCUCACUUCACGAGAUGGAAUCGCGGGAUGGUGUGCCCCCAAAGAGAUACAGUCUGGCUACGUUGAAACGCGUGAUGACUGGGCAAACAACCAUAGCAAGCUCAACGGCCGGAACUGUGGAGGGCGGAAGUCGCCACCGAGUAGCAGAGUUUUUGACUUCUGUUGGGCAUACCCUAGGCACAGCCACUCAAGACUCAUUUGAUAUAUCAAAGUUCAGAGACGGCCCAGCCCUUGAGUUUCCUGAGAUUCCAGGUGAGAAGGAGAGAAAUCGCGAUCUCAAUCGAGUCAAAGAGAUUUACAGUCAGCGAAUUGAGCCGGAUGGCACCCUUGCUGUUCAUGCAUCUCGAUCGAGGGCAAGCAGUUUUAUUGGAGCUGGACCGUCUGGGCACGCACUUGAUGGCAUACGUACAUCUAGAGAUUUCUCGCCACGACCAGAACUAUCCCGAUCAGCGUCUCCAGCACUUUCAGCAUCUGGGGGUAUUCGACAGCGUGCCAGUACGUUACCAGUCGGCGAACGCAGCUCAUACGAGCUACAUCCCGUGGCAACUCUUCCUUCUGGACCAAACGGAAACAGAGGUAGACAGAGAGCACGUAGGGACACUCUAGAAGUGCCGUCCCCAGUACAUAUCAACCCUUAUCGACACCACUCACCCCCUAGACAAGAGACAUCACCAGGGUCUCCAUCAACACCACAUCAUUCCUCUCCGCUGGCGAAUCCAUCAAUUAUGGCAAGCGGCGCCUUAAGCGAGGAGCCAGGUACCAUCACACCAGAUGCCGCAACACCCCCGACAUCGCCACCACUGUUGAACAAACAUACUUCUUCAUGA